AGAAUUAGCCUGCUCCUCUAAAGGCAAACACCCAUUAUCAAGCUCUCACAGCCACCUGCUCUCCAGCAAUGCCUCCAGACUUUGACACCAACAUGAAGUUCAAGUUCUCGAUCCUGGCACUUUUUCUGGAAGUGAUUGUCAUUGUUUUGUAUGGGAUAUUUGUGGAUUAUGACCCAGAUCCUUCUUCAAUGUUAUAUCCACACUUUCAGGAUGUCCAUGUGAUGAUAUUUGUUGGAUUUGGUUUCCUGAUGACCUUUCUGAAGAAAUAUGGAUUCAGCAGUGUUGGUUUCAACAUGCUCAUUGCCGCCUUCGGUCUCCAGUGGGGAAUUCUGGUACAAGGAUUUUGGCAUAUGGAAAGAGGGAAAAUUUCUGUUAACAUCGAAAGCAUGAUAAAUGCAGACUUCAGUACAGCAACUGCUUUGAUUUCAUUUGGGGCACUCCUGGGAAAAACAAGUCCCAUUCAGAUGCUGAUCCUGACUCUCCUGGAGAUCACCAUGUUUGCAUGCAAUGAACACCUAGUUACCCAAGUAUUCAAGGCCACAGAUGUUGGAGCUUCGAUGACUAUCCAUGCUUUUGGAGCUUAUUUUGGUUUGGCUGCAGCUUUCGUCUUGUACCGUCCUGGUCUGACAAACAAACAUGAAAAUGAUGAAUCCACCUAUCACUCAGACAUGUUUGCCAUGAUUGGUACCCUGUUUCUUUGGCUUUUUUGGCCCAGUUUUAACUCUGCCAUUGCAGAUGCCCAGGUAACAGCCAUUAUCAACACUUACUACUCCUUGGCUGCCUGUACCGUCGUAACAUUUGCCCUCUCCAGCUUGGUGGACAAAAGAGGCAAAUUCAGUAUGGUUCUCAUUCAAAAUGCCACCCUGGCAGGAGGAGUAGCAGUGGGUACCUGUGCUGACCUGGAAAUCCAUCCUUUUUCUGCCAUGUUCAUUGGGGUCAUUGCUGGAAUGGUCUCUGUCCUUGGGUUCCAGUUCCUGACUCCUGUGAUGGCAUCCAAGCUGAAAAUUCAAGACACUUGUGGAGUUCAUAACUUACAUGGUUUACCUGGAAUUCUGGGGGGUAUUGCUGGCAUCAUAGUGACUGCAGUAAAAACAGAAAUGAGGAAUGGUCACAUGCUUACUCCUGCCCUGCAGGCUGCUGCCCUGGGAAGUACACUUGGAAUUGCAAUUGUGGGAGGAGCACUCACAGGUGCUAUUCUAAAACUCCCCUUCUUGGGACAAGUAUCUGACCAGAACUGCUUUGAUGACUCUGCUUAUUGGGAGGUUCCAGAGGAGGAGACAAUACCUGAAAUUUACUCCAGGCACCAUGAGGAGCACAGCAGAUUUGAAGCUGCCAUGUAGAAAAAUAAUUAAUCUGCAGUAUUUGUCCUAAUGGUGCUCUUUUCUGUUUUGAAUGCUAAGAAAUAAUGAAACAACAUCCAAGUAUUGUCCCAACCACACCAGGUUUUUAAGAAAAUGCUGAAGAUAGCUCUAUUUUUGUAAAAGAAAACAAGCUUGAUUUUAGAUUACUUAGUCAUUUUGCCAAGCUCAGGUGAAUAAAUUAGGUCCUUCU